UACAUAUAUAUAUAUAUAGUCCCUCAUCAUCGCUACGUCUAUUCGAUCCGAGACCAUAUCAAGUAUCUUUCUAAUUAUGAAAUCUUUCGUAAAAUCCAAAGACAUGGCCUCCAAAUCCGUCGUCGUUUUGCUCAUCUCCCUCUUCAUCACCUCCGCCGUUGCUCAGGCUCCGGCACCGGCUCCGACGACCAGAAGCCCACGCGCCGCCUCUCCUCCCCUGGCGCGUGCACCCACCGCCGCUCCUCCCCUGGCGCGUGCACCCACCGCCGCCGCGCCAGCUCCCUCCACUCCUCCGCCCUCCGCAGCUCCCAAGGCCGCUCCCACUCCGGCUCCUGUAAGUCAGCCACCGGCGACUCCUCCCACCGCUGCGUCUCCGCCGGCACCUCCGACGUCUCCCGCCGGAGCUCCGAGCGCCUCAACUCCCUCGGGCGCGAAUCCUGGACCUGCUCUAACUCCGUCGAGCCCUACCGCACCGAACUCCGCCGCUGUGAACAGAGUAGCCGUUGCUGGAUCUCUCGCCGGAGUUGCUGUCGCCUUCACCGCUUUGUUGAUGUAGAUGGCAGAUCCAUCAGAUACUUAAGUUUCAGUAUGAAUUUCCAUUGCGAAUCUUUAGUGUUCUUUUUAUUGUUGUAAUUUUUUUAUUAUGUAUCUUGUAUUGACGGUAGAGAUUUGAUUUUUGUUUUCCGUACGUUCAUAAGUUUAUUGCUAGUUAAACUUGUUGUUAAUUA